AUGGUACGGAUUCUGGUUGUUGGUGUUGGCAGCAUCGGCAUCGUUUAUUCUGUCCUCUUCACUCGCGCCGGCGCUGAGGUCGUAUGCGUCUGCCGUUCCAACUAUGCCGAGGCAAAAGCGUCUGGUCUGGAGCUCAAGUCUCAAUUGUUUGGCAACCAGACUAUAUAUCCCGUUGUAGUGUCAUCUGUCAACGAAGCAGCCCGGACUUCAGGCAAGCCCUUUCACUACGUUGUUGUGACUACCAAAUCAUUCCCUGGAACCCAACUGCAAAGCGUCCAAAGCCUUAGGCCCGUGCUCAAUAACACCACCACUUCAGUUGUGCUUCUACAGAAUGGCAUUGGGAUAGAGAAAGACUAUCACGAAGAGUACCCUCACGCCCAAAUCGUCUCAGGCGUGGUUUACAUGCCCACCUCCCGGACUUCCCCAACUUCCGUGAAGCACACCGAGGUUGAAAGACUCUACUUGGGGCCAUCGCCUUUUGGAGAGAAGCACGAUCUUGCGAGAGGGGUAUCUACUCUUCUCCGAGCUGGCGGAGCGACCGUAAGCGACUGCGACGACAUCCAAGGGGAGCGCUGGAAGAAGAUCGUGGCCAAUGGGACUUGGAACCCCCUCUGUGCAUUAUCUCGCUGUCGCGACCUGCAACUUCUGGCGGCAUGUCCCCUGACUUUGCAAGUCGUCAACGAUAUUAUGCGUGAGAUUUGCACCGUUGCCGCGGCUGGUGGGUAUUCGAAAUAUGCAAAUGAGGAGGCGAUUGCCUUCCAGAUGGGCCGAUCUCGUGUGCGGGAUUACCCUGGAGUAGAGCCGAGCAUGAUGGCAGAUAUGAAUACAGGAAGAGAGAUGGAGGUUGAAGCAAUACUGGGGGGUAUUGUAAAGUAUGCUCAAGAGUAUAAUAUAGCAGUACCAAGGCUGGAGACUAUUUAUAUUCUUCUAGUAGGGCUUAAUAGUUCAUUUCAGAAUUAA